AGCGGCGGAGGCUGAGGCGGUGGUGGCAGAGGCGCGCGGCCUGGAGGAAGAAGGAUGGAGGAGCAGCCGAAGGAGUGCGAGGCCGAGGUCGCGGAGCACUGGUUCUCCAAGUGGGAGCGCCAGUGCCUGGCUGAGGCCGAGCAGGAGGGGCAGCUGGCCCCCGAGCUGCAGGAGGAGGCGGCUGCCGACGCGGCGGGGCUCAAGAUUGAGCGGCAGAGGCUCUGGCACCUCUUCCAGAUCUCUGCCACCGCCGUGGCCCAGCUCUACAAGGAUUCCGGGUGCCAACAGCCAGGACUGUCUAUGUGGGACCCCUUCCAGAAUGCGGCCAUGGCCGUGACCAGCCUGUACAAAGAGAGCGAGGAUGCCUACCAACGAAGUUUUGAGUUGGGUGUCCAGGUUGGCUACCAGCGUCGCGUCAAAGACGUGCUGGAGUGGGUGAAGAAGGGCAGGAGUACCAUCCGUCGGGAAGACCUGAUUAGCUUCCUCUGUGGCAAAGUGCCCCCCGCCCCUCCUCCACCGCGCACCUCUAGGAUGUCCCCGAAGCCUCCUGCUGGGGUCGCCAACCAGGCUGCUGCCACCGAGACCAGCCCACCUGUGGAAGUCGACCUUCAGCCUUUCCAUGAGGCCAUUGCCCUGCAUGGCCUCAGUGGUGCCAUGGAGAGCAUCAGCAUGCGAUCUGGCCCACCUGGUUCCCCAUCCCACGACAGUGGUGUUUCCAGCAGUGGACGUCGAAAAGGGAGCUUGGUAGAGGAUGACCAGAACCCCUUCGGCUCAGAAGAACUGGCCUUCCGCCUGGACAGUGGGGGGAUCCGUAAGCGCACCUCGGCCCAGUUCGGUGAUGACACCACAGACACCCCAUCCCACAAGCGCAACCGAAUGGUCUAAAUUGCUUCUUUGGUCUCGCCACCUACCAUACUGCUUUACAGCUAACUUGGCCUUCAACAUGCUUGUUGAAAGGAUACUUGAGACCACUGAUCUUCCCUAAGUUAAUUAAAGAUUUUUAUUAUGUUUACUGUAAAGAACUUUCAAAGUGUUCCAGAAGAGGCCUCUUAUGACUUUGGCUUUCCAAAAAGAGAAAUAUAUAUAUAAAUAAAUAUAUAUAUAUAUAAAUAUAUAUAAUUCUAUUAGAGAACAUCAGGUAUCACAUAGUUAGCAAGAUCAUUUAAAACAAAAGUGUUCAGUAAAGGCGAGAGCCUGGUUUAUCUUGUUCAAGUUGUAUUUCUUAGCACCUAGUACAGUUGUUGGAGCUCAAUAAAUGUUUGUUGAAUGAAUAAAUGUGACCUUACUUUAAAGUCUUAAAGGGAAAGAUAUAGCAGGUGUUUCUUUGGUUAUAGAUAUUUUUAUCCUGUCUUUUUUGUGUUGUUGUCUUUAAUGGUCUUUGCCCAUUCAGUUGUACCAAAAUGAAAGACUAGAUAUUUUUGUGAAAUCUGGAGCCCUCUGUUUGUACUCCACUGUACCAUGCACCCAAUUUCUAGCAGGAAACUAAAGAGGUAAUACAUUUCAGGCUGCUGUUUAACUUAAAA